CAACUUCUACUCUUGACUGGAGCACGGUGUUUACUGAGCACCGUCAAAGCGUCUCGGUUCCAUAGCGGGGGCAUCGGUUUGCAGGGACCCCAGCGACCGUCCACUUCUCAACAUCAUGCGAUGGUAUGGUAGGAUUCGCCCGUAACAGGCAAUCAAUCCUCGUCCUCGCUUUCAAACCCAGCCUGGGUUUGCCUCUUCAUUGCCCUUCCACUGCCCAAUCAGUGGCCCACAGAGGGCCGUGAAGGUGACGGGGCACAAGGGGAGCUGCGGCAAGGCCAGCGGCGGUGAUCAUAGGCUCGUCGCCUACUGACCGGUCACAACGCGUGGGACUCGCGUUACCCACGAUCUCGCUAUCGGAUCUUUCAAUGAUCUGGGCUCUGAUCGAUACGGGUUCAGCUUGCCCCUCUUCCGCCGCCCUCUUUGGCAUUCUGAUUUGGCGGCCGCUGAGGUCAGCCGUUACUCCGGCUUUUUGCAGCGUCAAAUCACAAAGCGAGACUCGCUUGUGUCGUCUAACUGGCAGGCACAUGAUGUUACCUCGUCCCUGGUCUAGACUUCAGUCGAUGUUCUUACAGAUGGACGGAAGACGAUCGUCUAUCGCACAAACUACAAAGUACGGAGGACGAGUUUCUGUCUCAUUCUCUUCGUUUCGCUACAACGUGUGUUUAUACCCACUUCAUGAUCCACAAGUGGCGGUCACAUCAGGCUGCCUGUCACCACUCACCUCUCACCAACGAUUGAUGCCACAUCCCACAACUGCUGGGAUAUGACACAUCGCAAACCCACACCGUGCUUACAUCCAAUCGCCUUUGGGCUGAAGGGUGAGUAUUGAGCAGAAAAUACAGAUGGUGUAGUCCAGGGCUUACGCGGGACUUUUGUCGUUUCAA